AUGACCUGCUGGCUGUGUGUCCUGAGCCUGCAGUUCCUGCUCCUGCCCGCGGCCCCGCCCCCCGCUGGGGGCUGCCCGGCCCGCUGCGAGUGUACAGCGCAGAUGCGCGCGGUAACCUGUCCCCGGCGCCGGCUGACCGCGGUGCCCGACGGCAUCCCGGCCGAGACGCGCCUGCUAGAGCUCAGCCGCAACCGCAUCCGCUGCCUGAACCCGGGCGACCUGGCCGCCCUGCCGCUGCUGGAGGAGCUGGACCUGAGCGAGAACGUGAUCGCGCACGUGGAGCCCGGCGCCUUCGCCAACCUGCCGCGCUUGCGGGUGCUGCGCCUCCGCGGCAACCUGCUGAAGCUCAUCCCGCCCGGCGUCUUCACGCACCUGGACAACCUCACGCUGCUGGACCUGAGCGAGAACAAGCUGGUCAUCCUCCUGGACUACACUUUCCAGGACCUGCGCAGCCUCCGCCGGCUGGAGAUGGGCGACAACGACCUGGUGUUCAUCUCGCGCCGGGCCUUCGCGGGGCUGCUGGCGCUUGAGGAGCUGACCCUGGAGCGCUGCAACCUGACAGCGCUGUCGGGCGAGUCCCUGGGCCACCUGCGGGGCCUGGGCGCCCUGCGGCUGCGGCACCUGGCCAUCGCCGCCCUGGAGGACCAGAACUUCCAGCGGCUCCCGGGCCUGCUGCACCUGGAGAUCGACAACUGGCCGCUGCUGGAGGAGGUGGCCGCCGGCAGCCUGAGGGGGCUCAACCUGACCUCGCUGUCCGUCACGCACACCAACAUCACCGCCGUGCCGGCCGCCGCCCUGCGCCACCAGGCCCACCUCACCUGCCUCAAUCUCUCUCACAACCCCAUCAGCACGGUGCCGCGAGGGUCCUUCCGCGACCUGGUGCGCCUGCGCGAGCUGCACCUGGCCGGGGCCCUGCUGGCCGUAGUGGAGCCUCAGGCCUUCCUGGGCCUGCGGCAGAUCCGCCUGCUCAACCUCUCUAACAACCUGCUGUCCACGCUGGAGGAGAGCACCUUCCACUCGGUCAACACGCUGGAGACGCUGCGCGUGGACGGGAACCCGCUGGCCUGCGACUGUCGCCUGCUCUGGAUCGUGCAGCGCCGCAAGACCCUCAACUUCGACGGCCGCCUGCCGGCCUGCGCCACCCCAGCCGAGGUCCGCGGCGACGCGCUGCGCAACCUGCCGGACUCGGUGCUCUUCGAGUACUUUGUGUGCCGCAAGCCCAAGAUCCGCGAGCGGCGGCUGCAGCAUGUCACGGCGGCCGCGGGCGACGACGUGCGCUUCCAGUGCCGCGCCGAGGGCGAGCCGGCGCCCACCGUGGCCUGGGUGACGCCGCGCCACCGCGCGGUGACCGCCGCCAGCGCCGGCCGCGCGCGCGUGCUGCCGGGCGGCACGCUUCAGAUCCGGGACGCGCGGCCAGGGGACAGCGGCACCUACACGUGCGUGGCCAGCAACGCGGGCGGCAACGACACCUACUUCGCCACGCUGAGCGUGCAGCCCGAGCCAGCCGCCAACCGGACCCCGGGCGAGGGCCGCAACGACACGCAGGCGGCCCUGCGCUUCCCUCUGGACCUCACCACCAUCCUGGUGUCUACCGCCAUGGGCUGCAUCACCUUCCUGGGCGUCGUCCUCUUCUGCUUCCUGCUGCUCUUCGUGUGGAGCCGCGGCCGCGGGCAGCACAAGAACAACUUCUCGGUGGAGUACUCUUUCCGCAAGGUGGACGGGCCCGCUGCGGCUGCCGGCCAGGGCGGGGCCCGCAAGUUCAACAUGAAGAUGAUCUGA